CAAAAAUGUUUUCAUUUUUAAAUCAAGGUUGACAAAAAGCCUUUGUACUACAAAACAAUUCAAAACAUACUACAAAAUAAAAGUUUUAAGAGUUCAUUGGGAAAUCAAACAAUCAUAGAGAAAUGUAGAAUUCAGAUGAAUUAUUAUAAAACUGAAGCGAAAAAAAAAAAUCAACAUUGAAAAUAAAAUUAUAACGAAAUUUGCUGAAGACAAUUUUUUUGUAUAACGAAACCUUAAGAUCAAGUAAAAUAUAGAUAUUUCAAAAAAGAAGAAUAAUCCUAAUUUAAAAAAAAAUUCAUAUCUCUAAAGAGCAAACCAUGACAUCAAAACAAGUGAACGAUAGAAGCUUUAAAAGGUCAAUCGAUGGAAUCUUCACAGUUUUUUCAAAUUUGAAGAAUCAAAAGUCUGUAGAAGUGGAAAAAUUUCAAUCUGCCUUUUACAAUGUUGCAGUGAUCAUUAUAUGUGGAGCAUUUAUCUUAGUAAUUCUUGUGCUUCUUCCUUUUCUGAAGCCUUUAUUAUGGGCUUCUCUAGUUGGUGCUGCUCUCUUUCCAGCUAAAAAGAAAAUAUCGAAUGCAAUCUAUAACUGGCUUUCUCUAAUUGAAGAAACAGAAAUGCCUAUAGCAUUUGGACUUUUUAUGCUUCCUUUUAAUGGCUUCGAUAAACUGGGAGAAAUCAUUGCUUGUUGGCUUAUGACUCAUAUGAAAAUUCUUCUCAUUCUCAUUGGCUCACUUACUAUGCUUCAGAUCAUAUAUUAUUAUGUACCUUCGAUAGUUUUCAGUGCCGCUGCUUCCUCAAUCAUAUGGCUUCACACGUUCCUUGGCAACAUGAUUGGAUCAUUAAGUCUAACUCUCGUUUUAUCGCUGUUAUUCUGCUAUGGAAUAUCAGUUGUUUUAUUAUGGAAUGAGUCACGAUCCAAACUUUUUACGAUAAUUGGUCAAGGAAUUUGGGUGUUGAUCGUUGCGUAUGUUUGUUCGUUCCUUGGUGCAGUUCAAAUCCCAGCAUUUGCUGCUGUUGUGAUUUAUGGGCUAGCUGGUCUUCUAACAGAUGAAGAAAGUGUUGACGAUAGCACAUUAAUUAAAAAAAUUAAGAAAACUUUUCAAAAGAGUUCUUCAGAUCAUGAACAAGAGACAAAUUUGGAGAAAAUGUCUGACGAUCAAAAGUUUCCUAAUACACCGAUUGGAAGAUUUUUGACAACUAAAAGUCAUUUGUCAGAAAUCAAACAUAAAAUGCAGCUCAGUCUCCAACAUGAUGAUGAGGAAACAAAUAAAGAAAAUGAUCAGAAAGAUGAAUUGGAAUCAGACUCAUACUUCAAACUUCUCUUUUAUGCUGUCAUUGUAACUCUUUUAUGGCAUCAGCUUUGGAUCAUAUUCAUCGCUUUCAUUCUGGUUAGUUGGAAACUUUUUAAAGAGUUAAUCAAUAUACUCGGUUUGAAGAAAUACUUAGAAGAACAAUGGAAAAAUAAUUAUUUGGAGAGAAUCAACAAUUGGUAUUCGCCUAGAAGAUUUGCAUUACUACCAGUAUGUCUUCCCGGCGUUCUUCAACUCAACGCAAAACUUCACAAAUUUUUCUGCUCUAAACUCAAAUCUUAUGCUGAUGAUAUUGGUGCCAUAGUUGUCAUUGUUGUUCUUAUUGUUUCUGUCAUUAUGUUGACCGUUUUCUUCUGUCUUCAAAUAUACUCUGAAACAAUAACAGUCGCCACUUUAGGAAGUAAUCUUGUGAACCGCACGUUAUCAACGAGACCGGAACUUCUUGAAAUGCUUCCUAUUGAUAUGCAGUCAAUGAAUGAUGUCAUCGAUAAUGCAUACAAAUACAGUCGUGGGACAAUUGAAGAUUAUCUUGAUAACUUUUUUAAUGGCACAAAUCCAGAACAAGCUGUCAAAUUGAAACAUCAGAUUCUUAGUGUGUGGGAUCGAUUAAUUCAAAGUUAUAUGGAUCGAAAUAAUGAUUCUGUUGGGCCAAGGGUUCCAACUGAAUCAGUCUUUUCAUCAAUUGAUGAAAUUGUUACAACUUCGGGAGUAACUGUAACAGGAUUAGUGGCAUGGGCUAAAACCAACAUUGACGUUUUGUUGGAAGUUAGUGAAUCUCUUUGGAUUGUGUUGAAAGCAAAUCUCAGUCUUUUAUUCUCAACAAUAACUUCUUUACUCUCUGUACUUUUGGGAAGUGGACAAACAAUGAUUAAAUUCAUAUUUGACACGAUAAUUUUCUUCACAACACUUUAUUAUCUACUUCAAUCAAGUCAAGAACGGUAUGCUCCAAUUGCAAUGAAUAUAAAUACAACAUGGGGAAGACGAAUAGCAGAUGCACUUGAAGAUAGCGUUUCAUCCGUUCUCGUAGCGACUUUAAAACUAUCAGUUUUUCAUGGAUUAUUCACUUGGCUUACACAUACAGUUUUUGGAGCUCAUGUUGUAUAUUUACCAUCAAUUUUAGCAUCAGCAUUAGCAGCCGCACCCUUUUUAGAGAGCUACUGGUGUUGUAUUCCUGCUUUUCUUGACUUAUGGCUUUCACAAGAUCGCUUUUAUCUCGGACUAAUACUUGUCAUUAUUCACUUUAUUAUUCCUUCAAAUUUUAAUCCAAUCAUUCAUUCUGAGAUCAAAGGAGCUCAUCAUCCAUACCUCACUGCAUUAUCAAUUAUUGGUGGUUUAUACUUGCUUGGAAUUGAAGGUGCAAUUAUAGGACCUUUAUUACUUUGUCUGUUAGUUGUACUAAGUUCUAUAACUGCUAGCAGCAUAAGUUCACCAACAAACACUUUCACUCGACAGUCGUCCAAUGACGAGACUCAGAAAAUCUCCUCACCACAAUUAGAAUUUUCGAUGAGAACACCAAUGAGAACAAUUGAAGCCGGAACAUCUCUUGACAAUACUUUAUAACAGCGCACUUUUAAGUUCUUCAAAAAAAGGAUCAACUACAUGCCUAGUCAGUUCACCAUGCAAUGCUUCUUACAUAUACAAUUAUUAAUCUGAACUUAAGUAUCUAAAUGUACUUUGUUAUCGAAUCAUAUUUUUUAAAAUUUAUUUUGAAUAAUAAAUAAUAUUUGCAUUUUUAA